CCAGCAGCCCGGCCGGCCGGCAUAUGCAUCGUCUAUAUAUAUUCAUAUGCAACUCCUCCAAUGCUUACCAGAUUAAGCCAGACACGCACCCUUGAUUUGCUUGUUCGUCACAUCAAUACCACACUACUUACUUGUAGAGCUAUUAUCCCGGAUUCCCGGACACCCACCAGCAGGCAGCAGCAGCCUCCAUUGAUGCAGCAGCGCCACCACGGGCUGCAGGGCCCCCGCCCGGCUACGCUCAAGGUCACCAACAGCAAGGCUGCGGACCUGCAGGCAAAGACGAGGCGGCGGCCGCCGGUGCAGCAGCAGGCGCGGCAGCCGGUGAUCAUCUACGUGGAGUCACCCAAAGUCGUGCACGCGCACCCCGGCGAGUUCAAGUCCGUCGUGCAGCGCCUCACCGGCGCACCGCCGCCGCCUUCAGCGUCAUCCGCUAUGCCGCCUCCACCGCUGCAGUUCCCGUUCCAGUUGUACGGGCAGCUGCCGUUGGUGGCGAGCUCCCUGUCGGCGACGACGGCGGCCCCGCCGGCCUCCCCUCUGCCUGCUGAUGAUGCGGCCGGCGGCGUCAGAAGCGGCCUCGGCUUCUUCAUCAGUGACGAUCAGCUGAUAAGCCCGGCGGCGUUCCUCUACGAUCACCAGAGCAUGGUGGCGAAUCCACUUGUUGUGCCGCCGUCUCUUGGCGCGUGCUAUCGUCACGGGCAUGUCUUCGUCAACCAGCUGCAGUGACAUACAGACAGCGUCCGCUCGAAUGCCGGACGAUAUAUUUGGUGAUGUGCAAACGUAGACGUGGCGUGUACAAUCAUGUAGCUUAGGACCUGUAGUAGUAGUAGCAUGCACUGGGCUGCACGACCUAGCUGAGAUCGAGUUUUGAAUGCUCUGUACGUGUAAGAUCUACGUGAUGACUAAUGAGCUGGAUCAUUUUUUUACAUGUAUAAGUAAAAGUUGAUGCAUUGUUGUUUAA